AGGCAAGGGGCAUAAACGGAAAACAAAAGUACAACGUGAGAAACAAGGCCGAAACCCUCUCUUCACCUCUACGAUCCUCAACGGUGUUAGCCUGAUAAAACACACGUUCUAUAUAUCUUCUUGUUUCUCUGCAUAAUCUCACCAUAUUAGGUGCGCCAAAGGUAAAAACUUAAUAUCUUUUGUGUAAAUCCAACUGAUAAAGAUGGAGGAAAUCACAGAGGGAGUCACCAACAUCAACAUCGCUGGGGAUUCUCAGAAGAAGAACCGAAUCCAAGUCUCCAACACCAAAAAGCCUCUUUUUUUCUACGUCAAUCUCUCCAAGAGGUACAUGCAGCAGCACAGUGAGGUGGAGCUUUCUGCCCUGGGAAUGGCAAUUUCCACUGUUGUGAGUGUUGCCGAGAUCUUGAAGAAUAAUGGAUUUGCAGUGGAAAAGAAGAUCACGACAUCCACUGUUGAAAUCAGAGAUGAAUCAAGGGGGCGACCUAUCUCAAAAGCCAAAAUUGAGAUAGUUCUGGGAAAGACCGAAAAAUUUGAUGAGUUGAUGGCAGCUGCUGCUGAAGAAAGAGCUGGAGACGGAGAAGAGCAGACUUAAAGGAAUGGUUUGUUGGAAACCCUUAUUGUUGUUUGUCACCAGUUUUUGUUUAUUCGGAGUUUGUGGUUGAGGUUUAUAAUUAAAUUGUGUUUUGUAAAACAUAGAAGUUUCGGUUGUAACUUGUAAACCAUAUAGGAUUGUGUGCGUCCAAUGGGCUUGGCAUCUGUGAAAGCUUCAUGGCAUCUAAACCAGUCUUCUUUUCAAUGGGAAAUUUUAAAUUGCCUUUUCUAGUCAUCUUUCAAACGUGGAUUCAUUUAUUUUUGAUGCGUUUAUCAAAGUUUUAAAGAGUACCUGUAUCCAAAGGUGAUGAUUUGGGCGAGCAUGUAUCUUAAUAAUGAUUUAGCGGCACCCUUAACUUUCUGUUAGAAACCGUUUAUCGGUCAACUGCAGAGCAAAAUUUGAUUUUGCAUUGAUGCCAUUAUUAUUUAUUAUGAUUGAAGUAAUCUUAUGCAACAAUCAAGACUACCAGA